AUGCUUUCUUAUAGCAGUACAAGACCGAGCUCCGGUCCGCAUUGUGAGCAUCGAAAGUGCGUCCUUGCAGGUCACUUGCUUCCCCUUGUAGCCGUCCUGCAAAAGGCCUUUGUAAUGACCCACUAUAUACCCCGCUCGCCCUUCCACCUCAAAUCAUUGCGCUUUGUGGCGACAUCGUCCUCAUUGCGCUGCACCCGUCCCGCUGUCUCUCGAUACACGAUUCGGCUCAUGUCUUCCUCGUCGCAGCAAUACGAACACAUCCUUGUGUCGCGUCCGGAACCUUCCGUGGUCCUGGUGACGCUGAACAGGCCCAAGGCUCUGAACGCGCUCUGCAGCCCGCUGUUCAAGGAGUUGAACCAGGCUCUGAAAGAGGCCGACCGGGAUGAUACAGUCGGUGCCAUGGUUCUGACCGGAUCUGCAAAGGCUUUUGCAGCUGGUGCUGAUAUCAAGGAGAUGAGGGAUAAAGAAUUCGCCGACGUUUACAAGAAUAACUUCCUGGCGGACUGGGGCGACAUUCGACAUCUCCGCAAGCCUCUCAUCGCCGCCGUCAGCGGUUACGCUCUCGGCGGUGGUUGUGAGCUCGCUCUCAUGUGCGACAUCAUCCUUGCCUCUCCAACUGCGAAGUUCGGCCAGCCCGAAAUCAACCUCGGUGUCAUUCCCGGCGGAGGUGGCUCUCAGCGUCUCAUCCACGCCAUUGGAAAAUCUCGUACCAUGGAACUCGUCCUGUCCGGCCGCAUGUUCACUGCCCAAGAGGCCUCUGACUGGGGCAUGGUUAGCCGCGUUGUUGGAGAUGGCGAGGGUGAGGUCGUGACGGAAGCCGUGAAAAUAGCGAAUGAGAUUGCAAGCAAAAGUCAAGUUGCUGUGCAGGCUGGCAAGGAGGUUGUUAAUGCAGGCAAGUGCCCUCUCUUUUCUGUGAUCUGUCUCAGAAAGGCUAAUCGUGAUAUCAAGCCUAUGAGAUGA